GUUGAGCCGAGUAAGUACGUCUUACCUUUACCGAGGCGAGUAAACACUCACAGAGAAAUGUAAGUAUGAGACAACUUACGUGCUAAGUAAUCAAUCAUGAAGUAUCCAAAUCGGUUGUUGAUGACUUAAAAAGACAGCGAGAGGAUGGCCCCAGAGUGCAAGGUAUGCCGCUGCAACUACUCCCAGGGUGAGAGGGCCCCGGUGGCUCUCUCCUGCGGCCACAGCACCUGCAGAGCGUGCCUCCAGCAUAUCUACACGGACACCAGGCAGCUCAAGUGUCCUACGUGCCGGGUCGUCCACACAGGAGCGCCUCUGAAGGAUUUGAAGGAUAAUUUCGAUCUCUUGGGCGAAGCCACGGUGGAGCAGCCGGGGGCACAGAGGGAGAAUCAGGACGCAGCGAAUCAGGCGGCGAGGAUACGCGUCAUCGUCAAAGACCUGACGGACAAACAGUUCAUCAUCACGGUCGACCCGAGGGACACGUUCCUACGCGUGAAGGAGACCCUCCAUGCGCAGUACGGCCUCGCUCCCGAAAACAUCAGACUUCUGUACAGAGGACAGCGACUGCAGGACGACAAGACACCGAGCUCGUAUAACAUCGUGGACGGCACGGUCAUCCAGAUGGCGACGAAAUACGAGGGAGGGGCGGGGCGCGAGGACCUCUCUGCCUCCGCUGACGUGGAGGCUUAAGUCUAUAGGCAAUGUCUCUCUUUCUGUGGCUGUCUGUCUGUCUGUCUCUCUUUCUCGCUGUGUCUCUGUUUAUGCCUUUCUUUUUCUCACUUUCUGUCGCUGAGUCUCUCUCUCUCUCUCUCUCUCUCUCUCUCUCUCUCUCUCUCUCUCUCUCUCUCUCUCUCUCUCUCUCUCUCUCUCUCUUCCCUUUCCUUACGGUCCUUAUUUUGUAAUCAUUUUGUUAAUAAUAAUCAUAUUCUAAUGUCUAUCAGUUAGUCUGUAAGUGAUUCUUUUUCGGAAUAAAUAUAGGAAUCCCGA